AUGAAAUGGAAUUUUUUAGGGGAAUUCAUAAGUUUGAUCAUUUAAACCAAUCUAUCACCAUCAUUAAAUAAUUCUUACUUCACAACCUUUUAGAUAACAAUAUACUAUUUGCAGUUAACAUAUUUCUUAAUCAGCGAAAAUCAUGAAUACAUUUAUCGUUUAAUUAAUGCUUUAUCGAAAAUUAGUUUGAUAACUCCAAUAUUUAUAGAGACUUAUGAAAUCAACAUACUGAUUGGAGUACUUAUCAUUUUAAUAAAUUUCAUUCCAUACCUUAUUGUGAUUUAUCGAAGAAUUAAGAAUGUGAAUAAGAAAGUAGGUAAUAUAUCUAAGAGCAUAUUACAAAUCUCAACUAUGAUAAUUAACUUUUAUUUUUUAUAUUUCACUUGGUUUCUGUAUUUGCCUCAAUUAUAUUAUAUCGGAUGGAAUUUGGUCCAAUCAGAUACCAGACUUGUGAUUUUAGCUACAAUUGUUCUAAUAAUAACAAUAUUGAGUCUGACUAUUUCGAAUGUAUAUUUUGUUAAUUUCGAAUUCAACGAACAACAUUUAAGGAAACACUUCUCAUACAACAAUAUCAUUGCUUAGACAUUAGUAAUUCCAAUGGCUAUAUUAUAUUUGAAAAACGAUGAAAUAAUGUAGAUCGUGAGUAGGGCUUUGCAUGGAUUAAUAUUGCUAAUGUAGAUUUACGAAGCAUACUUUUAAUUACCUUUUGGAUUUUCUUAAUAAGGCUACAUAUUAAAUAGAGCUCUAAUGACUCAUUCUGUAGUAUUUCUAUUCUCUUCAAUCAAGGCUUAGAGCACGGCAAGUCCUUACAGCUUGGCAACUAUCAUGUUAAUUAUGCAGCCAGUUGUAUAAUAUUUGUUUUAAAUUCUUUUUGAUAGCAAAAGAGCUAAUGCUUACCUUUCAAUAAAUAAGACAAAUAAUCAAUAUUAUGAGUUGUUAUACAUCGAAGAUUUCUUUGAGUUGAGUUAAUUGGCAUAGAAAAAUAAAACUAAGGAAAUUGAAUUAAUAUAAAAAUUCAGUCUUCACAUGAAUCGAUGUAAUUCAACUAAAUGUUAAUGCAAGAAAAUAGGAUCAUCAAAAAUAUUAUUAUUUGAUUAAACUGUGCUUUUAAUAUCUUGUUUGUUCAAAGGCAGUUUCGAGAAACACAAAUAAAAUUCUCAAGAUUUAAGAGUUUUUGAAAUAUUCAGCCUUAAAUUCUUAACCUUUAUUAAUAAAUACAAGCACAAUGCCCCAAAAACCUAUUAAGAAUUAAAAAUAUUUUUUUAAAAAAAGCGAGAUUAUUCAUUUUAUUUCAUAUAGAUGUGUUUAUUAUUGCAGUUCAUACUCUAGGCUUAAAUGCAGAAAGAUGAAGAUUACAAUAUAAAUAAAGAGACCAGAGUUUCCAAUGUUAAGUUAUAGGUGAGCAAGAGUGAAAGAAGUAUAGUCUAAAAUCUUUAUUAAAUGGAGUAAGUUAAGCAAAAUAUGAUCCCACUAUUAACCGAGAUUAGUCAAUUUAAAUCUUAAUUCUGGAAGUCAUUUAAAGAGGCCAAAUUUUCAGAUUAUCUUUAAAUUGAAGAGCAGAUAAAAAAACUAUAGAAACUACGAGACGAUGUUAUGUAUUAAUUCAACAUUUAUUAUCAAAUAUUUUAUCAUAACGGUAGAACCUUUAAUGUUCAAUUUUUAAAAGUUAAUGCUUUAAUAAAUCUGUUAUUGUUUAAUAAUGUGAGAAAGUAUUUUGAAAUGGAGAAAGAAAGGAGAGAAAUCUUGUAAUUUGAGAAAAGCAUGAACUCCUUUGAAAUAACUAACAUAAACUUUUUUAAAGGAGAAGCAAUAUCAGUUAAAGUAUGUAUAGCUUUUGGUCCGAAUAUUGGAAAAGUUUUAAAUAAGGUAAUAUCUCCAUUGAUUCCAAAAUUUUUUGGAUUUGGAAAGUUUCCUAAUCCAAUUAAUUCUUUCAUUGAUUUUACAAAGGGAAAUAUUAAUACUUUGAUGCCACCUUGGCUUGAAGCAAUUCAUGAUGAAAUAAUGUAAAAUUAUAUUCGAAGAGGUGUUACAGCAAGAAUUGGCAAGUAUUUUUAAACUUUUGCAAAAUUGUAUGACAAAACAUUGAUAAGAUGUUAAGUUUAUUUGGCACAUAAUUUUAGUUAAGAAUUAGAAGAUGAUUUCACAAUGAUCGGAUGUUUAAAGUCAUUGGAAGAGGAAUAACCAAAGUUUGUAGGAGACGAAGGCAAGAAAUUAAAGAAUAUUGCAUUUAAAGGAGCUCAACACAUUCUGUUUGAUGUGAAUGGAAAUAUAAUGGGUAUAACGAAAGGCCUAUAUAAAAUGAUUGAAAGAUUGUAGAGAGUUGUAACUAAUAAUAAAGGAGGAACCUAUCAUGAAGAUGAGCUUGCGCAUUAAAGUGGAUAGAAAUCAGGAUCAGAGAAAUCAUCAUUCGAAUCUGAAAGUUAUGAUGUGUUUGAUUAGAAAUGGUCGAAUACUCCAUUGUAGAUCGAUGAGUUUUAUAAUAAGGUGUUGAUUUGGAUGAUCUUACCAUUUAUAUCCAGGGAGAUAGAAUCAACAGGAAUAGAGUUCUUAAUGAAUGGACAAGCUCCUCCCAAAAAUAGAUAUGGUAAUCUAAUUGAUUUAGAGAAUGGGAAUCAAGUUGUAUAAAAUAAAGAGACUUACUUAUUUGUUCCUGAAGAUUUAAAUUUGUUUGUUGAAUAGUAUGACAAAGUGAUUACAAAGAUCGUUGAUGAUGUGAGAGUGUAAUCAAACAAUUUUUCUUCUGGAAGUGCCUAUAGAGGAGGUUUAAGAAGUGAUUAUCAAGACAGUGAUCAUUAAAGUAUGGUUUAAGUAGUCACCAUUUUUGAUGAGAAGUUGUGUGUGUUCUUUUAUGAUGAACAUUUGAAGAGACAUCAAGCAUUACUAUUUGGAUAGACAAGACAAUCAGAAAUACAGAAGAGUCAAGGGAGACCUUCUUCAAAAUCAUCUUUACCAGAGAAAUAAACCAUUAGCAGUGAGGAAGAUAGUGAAUAACUAAAAACCAGGGCUGAAAAAAUAUAUUAGGAUAGAUACUCAAAAUACAUUGAGAAAUUCUCACCGUAGGAUUUCAAUCCUAUUCCAGUAGUUUACUCUGUAUUUUAUGAAGAAUAUCGAUAUAAGAAGAAUGAUACCGAUCAUAAGCAAUAGAUGUUUGUAAUAGAAUUAAUUGUCAAUGAUUAAUAAUUAUUGAAUACAGAAAAAGGGUACAAAAGAUAAUUAAGAGAGACUAUUAAAUAGACAUAUCAGCAUUAUCAAUCGAAAAAGAUUCUAUUAGAAUAAAGAACAGAGGGGGAUGACUCCAUGAGUGUAUAAGGAAAUUUCAGUGAAUAGAGGAGUAUACACGAAGGAGAUAUAAUCAAUUACAAUUUCCCAUCUCACCCUUCACAUUACUAUGAAGACAUCUACUUUGUAGAAAAUCAAUAAAUUCUACAAACAGAUUAAAUAUAUAGUCCGAGAUAGGAUGGUAAGUCAGAAGGUCUGUUGUUAAGUGAUCGAUCAAGAUGGAGUAAACCUCUCAUUGAAAAAGAUAAAAAGUCUUAAGGAGGCCAAAAGAAGAAGAGCUAAGUUUCUGUAAAUUCGGAACAUAGUAGAGAUGAAAUUUAGUUUAAAGGAUCCUAUUCAAAUUUGAAGUUUCCAGAAAAAGAGAUUGCUAAGAAAGCACUGUCUAGAAUAAAUCAAAAAAGGAAACAGCAAGAUUUCUUUAAUGAUAAUGAAUCUAAAAUACCUUUAGAGAGCAAAGGUUCCUAGUAAUAAAACAUUGAAGAAUUUUAAGUUAAAUAUUCUGAAGGUUUAAAAUUAUUUGAUUCUCAUUAUAAGAUUGUUCAGUAGAAAACUUCUGAUAUGAGGAAUCCAAAUUCAUUUAAAAUUCAAAAGUAUUUAUUGAUAACAACAUUUGUUUUAAUAGUAAGUUAUAUCAUCCUUAUUUCUGUUGCAGUAUAAAUGCAAUACGAUCUAAGUGGAUGCUAUAAUUUGCUUGAAUUAAUGAUAGCUACCUAAAAAUCCUAUUCUCAAAUUACUCAUAGUUUGUAUCGUUUGGAGUUAUCAGAUUUACUCCAUUUGGACAAUACGGACAUCUUGAAGUAAUUUUAUGAAAAGUAAAUCUUUUCUGAAUUGCAAUAGUUGAUUGAUAUUUAAAGCAAUUAAAUCAUUGAAAUCAAUAAUGUGGAAGUAGGCUUAGAUUAUUUCUAUGAUAUUGAAGACAAAGUGCAAGUUAAACCAACACUUUAAUAAACUAUUUAAUUUACUCUUGGUUAAUUCUAUAAGUUAAAAUAGAAUGAAACAAGUGAUAUUUACAAAUACAAUUCCUCAUUAACAUUUGCAUCCGUAGCCAAUCUUUAGGGUAUUGGGGAAUUACCACAAAAGGCAUAUGACUUCUGUUUUGAUGACAGAGUCUCCAAUGAAAAUACGUAUUAAACUCUUUUAAUCAUUUAUAUGGUGGUCAUCUUCUUUUUAGUUAUGAUUUUAUAAUUUUCCCAUAUUCCAUUAAUUGGAAAAUUAAGAAAGAGUCAUCGGACAUUUUACAAGGAGAUUAUUAAAUUGUAAUAAAAUGAAGUAAAUGAUGAAAUUGAAAUAUACGAAACAGUUGAAAAUAUAUUAAAAAAGUCAAUUUAUGAAUGGAUGUUGAUUGAUUUUGUUUAAGAAUCUUAAAUGUUUGAGACUGUUAGAGAACAUAGAACAAGUGCCCUAACUCCAGGGAGGGAAAUGCAUACCGACAUAAGUUCAGGGGCAGUCUCUUCAUCUAAUAAAAAGAAUAAAUAUAAAUUGAUGGAAAAAUUGAAGAAAUCUUAAAUGAGAUAGAUUAAAUACUUUGUAAUAUUAAUGGUUGGGUUGUUUGUUAUUUUAGCAUAUUUCCUGAUAAUAUUCUUAGUAAUUUUUAUCUUAUCAAAAGAUCUAUUGUCUAAUCUAGAAAUUCUAUUUAAAUUUAAAUUAGUUUAAUCGUCAGUAAUUAAUUUAAUAAAUAAUAUGGAUUUGGUAGCAUUUUCAAGUGUAAAUAAUUCGCUAUUCGAAAACAUCAUGUCAGUGCAAACUUAUUAGAAUUACGCAUCAGUGCUAAGUGGUGAUACAACUGACUUUUUUGAACAAUACUCAAAUGAAUUUAUUUCUGCACUUACUGAUGAUAAAUUGAAAUAGAAUCUCGAUACUAUGAAUUAAAACAAUAUUUGUGAAUCUGGAAUUGGAAUUGAUUGUGUGUCAACUGAUGCUGUGACCUUGAAUCCAUGGCUUCUACCAUAUUAUUAAUAAGGAUUGAAGUCUUUGUUGACCUAAGUCGAUAAGAUUAUUUCUCAAUAUCCAUAGUUUUUUUAUGAUGAGAAUGUAUAAAAUACUUAAGACAUUCUUUUCGAAUUUUAUUAAAGUCAAGAGCAUUUGAUUUAUAUAGAUUACGGAAGCGAAUUACUAAUAAAGGCUCAGAAGCAAAUUAUCGAUACAGCCUAUAAUGAGUUUGAUUAAUCUUUGAAUUUUUACAAGCAAACUUUGUUGAUCUUCACUUUGAGCGUGGGCGUGGCUGGGUUUUGUAUUAUAGGUUUUUUGGGGAAUCUCAUACUUAAGAUGUAAAAAGAUUCAAUAGAAACAUGUUAGGCAGCCUUACUAUUGUUAUCACCUAAGCGAUACCUAAAUAAAUCGAUGGGUUUAUUAACAUAAAAAAAGUUAUGA